AUGAAGCCGCUGGAGAAAUUCCUGAAGAAGCAGAGCUCGCACCUGGCGGGCCGGGCCGGGGCCGGGGCCGGGGCUGGGCUCGGGGCCGGGCUCGGCCCGGGGCUGCAGCGCCGCCAGAGCGUCUCCCGCCUGCUGCUGCCCGGCUUCCUCCGGGAGCCCGCCGCGGAGCCCGCGGGCAUCAUGGAGCCGGCCCAGCCCGGCGGCGACGGGCGCUGGCUGGAGCUGCGGCCCCCGGACGCCGCUCUCCGGUCGCCCUCGUCCUUCUCCUCCGAGGAGCUGAGCCCCGGCGGCGGGGAGCCCCCGCUGAGCCCCGACCCCGCCGCCACCUGCUGCUGGCCCCCGGGGCCGCCCGACAGCCCCGAGCGCCUGCUGGGGGCGCUGCUGGACCGGCUCGGGGGGGGGCCGACCUCGCACGGCCAGGGCUGCGGCGCAGACGUGCUACUGGACGACGUCAUCCUCACUCACUCGCUCUUCCUGCCGACCGAGCGCCUGCUGCAGCAGCUGCACCAGCGCUUCCUGCUGGCGUCGGGGGGCCCUUUGCCCGGCUGCGAGGAGGGUGCCGCGCUCCCGAGGAAGCGGGCCGUGCUGACCGUGCUCCUGCACUUCCUGGAGACCUACAAGGGCCUUCUGCAGGAGGAGGAGAGCGCUGGGAAAGUCAUCAAGGAUCUCUACCUGCUGAUCAUGAAAGACGCCUCCCUCUACCCGGAGCUGGAAGACGAGAUCCUGAGGCUGCACCAGCUGGUGGAGACGGUGGAGCUGAAGGUGCCCGAGGAGACCCCGCCACCCAGCAAGCAGGUCAAGCCGCUUUUCCGGCACUUCCGGCGCAUCGACUCCUGCCUCCAGACCCGAGUGGCCUUCCGGGGCUCGGAUGAGAUCUUCUGCCGCGUGUACAUGGCCGACCACUCCUACGUCACCAUCCGCAGCCGCCUCUCGGCCUCGGUGCAGGACAUCCUGGCCGCGGUGACGGAGAAGCUGCAGUACUCGGAGGAGCCGAGCGCCCGUGAGGAAGCCCUCGCCCUGGUGGUGGUGGCAUCGUCUGGAGACAAGGCCCUGCUGCAGCCCAGCGAGGAGUGCGUCUUCACCACGCUGGGCAUCAACAGCCACCUCUUUGCCUGCACGAAGGACGCCAUCGAGGCGCUGGUCCCGCUCCCCGAGGAGAUCCAGGUCUCGCCAGGCGACACUGAGCUCCACCGCGUGGAGGCCGAGGAAAUAGCCAAUCACAUGACGGCCUUUCACUGGGAGCUCUUCCGCUGCGUCCACGAGCUGGAGUUUGUGGACUACGUUUUCCACGGGGAGCGGGGCCGGCGGGAGACGGCCAACCUGGAGCUGCUGCUGCAGCGCUGCAGCGAGGUGCAGCACUGGGUGGCCACCGAGAUCCUGCUGUGCGAGUCGCUGGGGAAGCGCGCACACCUGCUCAAGAAGUUCAUCAAGAUCGCAGCCAUCUGCAAGCAGAACCAGGACAUGCUGUCGUUCUACGCCGUGGUGAUGGGGCUGGACAACGCGGCCGUCAGCCGGUUACGGCUCACCUGGGAGAAGCUUCCAGGCAAGUUUAAGAACCUGUUCCGGAAGUUUGAGACUCUGACGGACCCCUGCCGGAAUCACAAAACCUACCGGGAAGUCCUCUCCAAGAUGAACCCGCCCCUCAUCCCCUUCGUGCCCCUCAUCCUGAAAGACCUGACGUUUGUGCACGAGGGCAGCAAGACGCUCCUGGACGGGCUGGUGAACGUGGAGAAGCUGCACUCAAUCGCCGAAAAAGUGAGGACAAUCCGGAAGUACCGCAGCCGCCCCCUGUGCCUGGAUUUGGAGGCCUCGCCCAGCCAGCUGCAGACCAAGGCUUACGUGCGGCAGUUCCAGGUGAUCGACAAUCAGAACCUGCUCUUCGAGCUCUCCUACAAGCUGGAGGCGAGCAGCCAGUGACAGCCGGGAGGCGCUGGGUCCGUCACACUACAGCACUUUGGCCGGCCGCGGCCCCGGCUCGCCCCUGUGCUUGGGGAGACGUGGGGCCUGCUGCUGCGGCACGUUGUGGUUUACAGAGUCGGCUGGACUUUAAACACGCGGCCCUUCCCCCUCGGGGGUGGGGUGGGGGGCGACCCCCGCUGUGCAGACGGGGUGGGCUGGGACUGGCUUUCGGUCUAGCUUUAAACUCCGGCCCAGCUGGGCCAGGCGCCCAGGGGGACCAGGGCAUGGGCGGGAGACUCAGUCCCCUCUGCCGGGUGCCAGUGGGGUGGGCUGAGGGGCUGCAUGUGGUGUGGGGAUCAGCAUUCCCCUGUGGCCACCCCCACAGGCUCCCAGCUCCCUCUCUCCCCAUUCCUGUCCUCUCUUCUCGGGUUCAUCCCUCCUGCUUCUCCCACCCGUGUGCGUUUCCCUCCUUUCCUCCAUCCCCCAGCCAGAGCAACUGUGAUUCCAACCCCCCCGGCUCUCAGAGGGACAGGGUGCUGGGACCCUGACCCUGCUGCCGGGGUGCUCUGAGUGCGUGUCAGACUGCAAAGGGGCCCCCCAAGGGGAAGCAGCAUUGGGGUGCUGGGGAGAAGCCCUGGCUCCAGGGCCUCUGUCCCCCAGAGUCGGUCCAGCUGAAGGCAUCACACUUCCCUGUAGUUUCAAAGCGAUAGCCCUCCCCCCCCGCCGUUUCAAAGCUAUGGGUUGUCCCCGCCUGCCCAGGGUGACUUGGUCUCUAGGAGUCUGGCUGCAGUAACUGACACAGGUGGGGUUUGAACCUGUGACCUACGGAUUGGAAAGCAGGAGCCACCGGAGCAAGAGCCCUAAAUCCAUUCAACAGCCUCCUGAACCUCCUACAUGGGCCGGCAGGGGGAGGGGAGGCGGAGCCCCCCAUGGGGGUUAUGUGGCCCUCAUAGCGCUCUGGGGCUGGGUUUCUUUUCCCAUUAGACUCCCCUUGCCCCCCAGCUUCUCCCCCAUCUCUGCCCCUCGCUUACCUAUGCCAGGGCAGGGGCCUGUCUGCCUGGGCCAGCGCUAUGGGCAGCGGUGUAACCCCAUUGCCUUUAAACCCUGCCUGUCCGCUCCACGGAUCCGCUCGUGCCCUGAAGCAUGGCCCGGCCCUGGCCCCCAGCCACCCUCCACUGCUCCAGCAGGGACUCUUCACCUGGGAUGAAGCCAACCCCCCCCAUCCCAUCGUGCCCCUUGGCGGGAUGGGAGCUGCUGCCUACAGCCAGCUGCAUCUGGCCCCAAGGAGCCCCAUGGCAGCAUGCCUAGAGGAUAGAAGCCCUGCGGAAGUGUGGGGUGAGGGGGCAGCGGGGGAGCCCCAGAACCCUGUUCCCUGCAAUUCUAUUUUUGUACCUGUCCUUUUUGUCACGCUGUAAACUCCACAAGGAGGUUCUCUUUCUAUAUAUUCAGGGUCUUUCUGUUUGUCACUGCUGACGGUCUCGCCUGCGGCCGGGGCGGCUCCCUGGCCUAACACGAGAAUGUAUAUAUUUUGUACCAAAAUGCUCUCAAUUGUAAAUUUAUUUUUUAAAAGAAAACGGCAGCUCCUUGUGUGCUACGGUGCUUUGUACAGAGACUUUUCUCCGGGCGGCUUCGGGGUGGCAGCCCUUUGCCCACGUGAGCCGGAAUGGAAAGAUGCACCGGGCAGUUUGGCGGAGGCUGUUUGGGUUCUGAGUCUAUGAUGCUUUGCGUGUGCUCCAGAAGCACUGGCGGGAGGAGACUUCGAAAUAGAAGUGGCAAUAAAAGCAGAACUGUCUACUGAGGGGCAUGUCAGCACCUGAAUGAUUGCAGCAGCGGGUCCGAGCCCCAGCCGGGCACCAGAGCCGCACGGCAUUGGCGCUAGGCACACGCAGCCAGCUGAGGCUCUAGAGGCCGUGCCAGGCCAACCUGCCCCUUCUCAUUCAGUUCCACUCGUCACACGCCAUGGGGGAGAGUCUUUCAGGAGAUGCCGUUGUAACCCACACCCCUCCUGGGGGUGGGAGUCUGGCCCAGCUAGUGGCACUGAGACCACUUAGGGAGAGUUAAUGAGUCUGUUCUACCGUCUUAGCUAAGAGCCAGUUGGCUUUUAGCUUGUGCAGUAGAGGCUCAUGCUCUAAGCUCCAGCCAGCCCCAGUUCGAUCCUGCCUGCCGCCAACCAGGGGCCUGUUGGCGUUACACCUUUCAAGUCUAAGCUCCCUAACCCCCAUUGACCCCCUACAGGCAGGCCAUGCUCAGGAUUGGCCAUCUCUGUAGUGCCCCGAGUCUCUGUCCUAAGCCCAUCAACCCGGCAGCUGGUGUGAGUAUGAACCUCCUUGCGGAUUUCCCAGGGCAGCUCCCUCAACAGAGGGACGCUCGUGAGAAAACUGGGACAGGCGCCAACCCUAACUCCAUGUGCCCUUUCCCCCUGGCUGAGCCCAGAGGUGCUCCCUAGUGCUGUGUGUGACUCCCCACAGGUUCCCUGGGCGCCCCAGCUGUUCGACGGGGGUGAAGCAAUUUGGGGAUCCAGUUAGUAGGAGGGAGGGGACCCGUGGGGGUGGGGUGCUGUGCAGAGGGCCCCACAUGGUGCUCCAAGCUCCCAGCUGACACCCCUCCCCCCGUAGGGGUGCCUGGGGGUCCUGUGGCAUGGCAGGGGGCAUGAGGUUGACAUCAUGGCAUUUUGGUGCCGCAUGAUGAUGUCAUACCGUGGUGUGAUGUCACUGACACAAUAUGUAGAGGCCUACUGGCGUGUGACAUCAUUUUGGCCCAGCAUGAUG